AUGGACGCCUCUCAGUGUGGGAGCAGCCCCUGCUGCACCAACGACAAAAAGGAGGACCACGGGCUUAAGGCAGUGCAAAGUGCUUCGCUGUUUUUUCACCUGCCGGACUCCUCCCAAGUGGUCGACGCGACAAAGACUCCGGAGGGACCACACCAAAGGGGCCCCGUCGAGCUGGAGAAUGGAAUAAUCUAUACGGGCCAAUGGCUUGGUGCCCAUCGACAUGGAGAAGGCACCUUGCUGAGGCCCGAUGGUGGCAGGUACGAGGGGCAGUUUGUGGACGACCGGGCCUGUGGACGUGGGAGAUUUGUCCAUGCGAACGGCGAUGUGUACGAGGGCCAGUGGCUAGAUGACAAGGCUCAUGGAUCUGGGAAGUUCCUGCACUCGGAUGGAUCUUCAUAUAUCGGCGACUGGGUGGAGGACAUGAAGUCCGGUCAAGGUCUCGAGACCUGGGCCGAUGGAUCCACUUUCAAGGGCGAGUACAGGGACGGCAAGAAGCACGGCUACGGGCUCUUCACCUCCUCUGACAACUCGUCCUAUUCAGGCCAGUUCUUCAACGAUAGCAUGCAUGGCGAGGGUACGUACACCUUCUCUGAUGGACGCGUGUACGUCGGUAGCUGGCAAGACAGCCAGAUGACCGGCCAAGGCACUAUGAAGUGGCCAGAUGGCAGAUGGUACGAGGGAGACUACCUCGGCGAUCGCAAGUCCGGUGAAGGCAAAUUCUGUUGGCCGGACGGCCCGACCCUCAGCCAAUGA